GCGAGCGCGCGCACGCGCACCGGGGCCUCCACCAUGGCGACCGUGCUGUCCAGGGCGCUCAAGCUCCCCGGGAAGAAAAGCCCGGACCUGGGGGAGUAUGACCCCCUCACACAGGCCGACAGCGAUGAGAGUGAAGAUGAUCUGGUGCUUAACCUGCAGCAGAAGAACGGGGGUGUCAAGAAUGGGAAGAGCCCGCUGGGGGAGGCCCCGGAGCCCGACUCGGAUGCUGAGGUCGCAGGGGCCGGGAAGCCACGUCUCUCUGAGGUCACCCCUGAGGGGUACCCCUUGGAGCCCCUGGGGGCCCUGGAGCAGAAGGCGGCCUCCUCGGUCGUGUCCUACGUGCGCACAUCCGUCUUCUUGUUGAUGCUGGUGGUCUCUAUGGUCCUGGUGCUUGUGUGUGCUUUCCUGAUCCCCUGUCCCCCCCGGGACCUGCACAGCACAUGGAGCCGCCACCUGGGUCCCCAGGGAGGCGGGGACCUGUCGCCGUUGGACCUAGCGGAUGUAAAUGGAGAUGGCCUGCGAGACGUGCUCCUCUCCUUCGUGCCAUCAGGGAACGGGAGUGCGGCCGGUGUCUCAGGACCACCUGCUGUCCUCGUGUGCCUUUCGGGGAUGAACGGCAGCACGCUGUGGUCUAGUCCCCUCCCCGAGGAGGCCCGGGAUAUUACCUGUUUGGAUCUGACACCAGGGAACCUGGCCAAAACUGUCUGCCUGGUGACGGGGACGCACAAGAUGCUCAGUGCAUUCAAUGGGACAUCAGGGAAAGCCAUGUGGACUUUAAACCCAAACUACUUAUCCAACGGGACCCUGGCCGCCCCAGCCGUGGUGCUGCCGGACGUGGACGAAGAUGGUGUUAGAGACCUCGCGGUUCUGGCCAUUGGGGAAUUGCAGCCAGAUCUGUGUUUUCUGCUGGUGUCUGGCCGGACAGGGAGCCCCGUGGGCCGACCUGUGAAGUACAACAUCGUGGGAGUGGGCAACCUGAUUGGCCCUCAGGUUUACAUCACCACCAGCGGGGCCGCCUACAUCCUGUUUGGCUUUGGUAAUAUCCAGGCUGUCGCCCUGCGGGAUAUUUUCGUUCAAGCCCAAAAUCGAGACAGCUUACCACCUUCCCUGCAGAUAGAGGAACCUGAGUGGGAGAAGCGGAGAUCCGUCAACCUGUCUGAGCUCAUUGAUGUUUACAGCAAUGGGGUAGAACUCCUUCAGAUGGUGAAGGCGCCGGAUUCCAACAGCAGCAACCUCCUGAUCACAACCAGACAAGGCCUUGUCCUGCUUCGGGGGCAGAACCUCACCCCUUCCUGGGCUUUGGGCGUCCAAGGCCUGCGCAGCCAGCCUACUCCAGGGUAUUUCACGGAUGAUGAGACGAUAGACUUCCUUCUGCAGAUACCGAACGGAGUUGGGAUGAAAAAGGUGAUGGUGGUGGACGGAGACUCUGGCCUGGUCACGUGGAGUUACAGCAUCCCGUGUCACAUGAAAGAAACUCCGGCCACGUCAGCAGCCACUGUGGAGCAGAAAUCUGUCUUCCUCUUCUGGGCUGAAGGGCUGUCAGCUGCAUCACCCAGUCCCGGUGUCCUGGGAAGCGAGCCACCCAGCCUUCACCACCUAUACCUCCUGCAUCCCACCUUCCCCUCCAUCCUCCUGGAUCUGGCCAAUGCCACUGGCACUGUGACAGCUUCAGAGGUUGGGAUCAACGACCUGUGGAAAGAUGCCUUUUACGUUACCAGGACAACAGGGCUCAGCUCCGAAGGGCACCCGGCCCCCCUGGUGGUCAGCAAGCUCAGUUUGCGGUGGGCACUGAUGGAAGGCCAAAUGGUCCAGCUGGAGGAGACUACCCCCAAAAUCGGCCGUGGGGAGCUGCGCAGAUUCCUCUCGAGGAUAAAGUUCGUCGACUCUCCCUACCAGAUCUAGGCUGCUGGACUCUUCGGUUCCAGAAGAAGUGAAUGGAGUGGCCCUGUCCCUCCCCAGCGGGGGUAAACAUAGUUCUUUGGAGAGGAGGUCCACCUCCUCUGUGUGACCGUCGCCAGGCACUUGGAAUUCUUCGAUAACAGCACCACCUGUUCGGCUGGGGUAUCUUACCUGCCCGCCCAACCCCUGAAUUAACCCCUUCUCCUAGGUACUCUGUGUGGAUAGUUUGGAACUGUGAAUCUUACUGUUUUAUUUUUUGUUUGUCUAAUUUAUGAACCCUGGCUGGGAAAUUCCAGUGAAGUCCUUCCCUGGAAUGUUUUGCUGUGCCUAAUGCCCUGAGCGUGUAUCUGUCUGUUCGUGUGGUGAUGAAGUCUUUUCUAGAUACGCACAUCCUAAGCUCCCAGGGACCCAGGUUCUCAACUGUCUGAAACACAUCUUGUUGGUUUGGGUCCUCUUGAGACAGGUGGCCGACCUCGACUUGGAGGGCCCCUCGGCAUCUCUCCUCUUUUCUCCCCCUGCUGGUACCCCGCCUGCCCCCUGACCUUGGCAGCAGCAAGACUGACAUGGGGAUAGCACGAGCCAGCCAGAAUUCUCAUUUCUUCCUCGUCUUACGGCUCCUGUCUCUUGUCUCCUCACAUAUUCCUUCUUUCUAGAUGUAGUGACCAUAACAAUUAACCCUGAUUGGUGUGGGGUGAUACCUCAUUGUAGUUUUGAUUUGCAUUUCUCUAAUAAUGAGUGAUGUUGAGCAUCUUUUCAUGUGUUUAUU